AUGGCAAUUAAACUAAGACAAGAUAAUAAUCUCAAAGGCUUAGAGGUGAAAUUAGAUGGUAGAAACUACUCACUAAAAAUAUGGCAAUUUGCAGAUGAUACAACACUAUUUCUUAAAUCACCAAAACACGGUGUACCUGAUUCCAAAACUUUUGAUGUAACGUUGAUGAUAUGUUUGAUCAGAAACUUGACAUCUGUCACUCCUCCAAUCAAUGGGUUUGACUAUCUACCACUACCACGGGAGACAACUCCUGGUCCUGAUCUUGCCAGGAUUAAAUGGUACAGAAAUAUACUAGCUCAUCAUGAUAGUAACACUAUGGCAACAGGUGAUUUCAAUACAGCAUGGACAAAUAUAGCAGAUGCUGUAAAUAGAUUGGGUGGUUUGCCAAUGAUUCAGGAGUGCCUAGAUCUAAAGGUAAAAAUCUUAGAUCAGUCAAACCAGGAAAUUAUGCUGGAAAUCAAACAAUCACAGGAAGAAAUGAAGGAAUUGAGACGAACAAUGGAAAUUGAACACUCUACAAUGAGGGAAAAUCUUACAGUUUUGCAAGAUUCUUGCAGUACUUUGCAAACAGAAAACUCAAGCACUACAAAAAAUCUGAUAGAUCUGAAGAAUUCCCAUAGUGAUUUACAAAUUGAACACUCAAAAGUCACAGAGAUUUUAAAAGACCUAAUACCAUGGAACAUAAGAGAACAAAUUAAUGAGGAAUUAGAAAAUUGGAAAGAAAAUGACAAAAUAUUUAUAGAAACAAACGGAGCAAAAUGUGUAUUAAAGUAUAUUAAAGAAAAUGGCUGUGUUGUUGUCACAGCAAGUUCUGGUUGUGGAAAAUCAUCAUUGGUGCGUCACGUAGCUUUACAGAUGCAAAAUGAAGGCUAUGAGAUUUUACCAGUAUCAAAUCCUAAGGAAAUCAUCAAGUGGUACAAUCCAAUGAAGAAGAUAUUGUUUGUAGUGGAUGAUUUUUGUGGAACAUAUAGUUUAAAUCCAAGGAAGUUUGAAAACUGGAAAAAUUUGAUGGAAAAAAUUAAUGCAUUAGUAGAAAAGAAACCAGUGAAGUUAAUUAUGUCUUGUAGACUACAGGUUUAUAAGGAUAGGCAAAUGAAAUCGUUGUCAUUAUUUAAAGCGUGUGAAUGCAAUCUUCAGUCUGCCGAUUUGUGUUUAUUGAAAACAGAAAAACAAUCCAUUGCUGAAUUUUACCUGAAAACAAACGCUUCUAAGAUCAGUGAAUUGUAUGACAUGUUUGACUGUUUUCCUCUUUUGUGUCAAUUGUACAGCAAAAACUCAAAACUGAACAUUGUAGAUUUCUUUACAAAUCCAUUUACAGUUUACAAAGGAGAGAUAGAUAAAUUGCAGACAGAGGGAGCACAUGUCAAAUACUGUGCACUUGCUCUAUGUGUAAUGUUUAACAAUCAGUUGAAAGAAGAAUGGCUUACUGAAAAUGUGGAUGACAACAUCAAAAAAAUCAUAAAGAAUACAUAUGAAGCUUGUAAAGUGGUUAAAGGGACAUCACGAUUGGUUUUACGUGAUGAGCUGGAUUCACUCACACAUACAUAUAUCAGAAAGGAUGGUGAAGUCUACAGAACUAUUCAUGACAAAUUAUUUGAUUUUCUUGCUUUUUACUUUUGCAGUGAAAUGAUUUAUUGUUUAAUUAAUAAUGCUACAAGUCAAUUUAUUAGUGAAAGAUUUUUAUUUGAAAGAAAAAGCAAAAAUGAUGAAUUUACAAUUAUUGUACCAACGAGAUAUCAGCAAAUGCAUAUAAAAAGAAUGGUAGAUGACUGGUCAAGAGGAGAGGUUGUAGAUGUUUUCUGUAACAUCAAUAUGGUCAAUCUUAUCUUCAGACAAAGAUUCCUUCUACAUAUACAAAGCUUAGCAAUAUCACAACAAAAACAAUUGGCCAGUUCAUAUGACAUUAAUGACAAAAGUACUCCAUUGAUACAGUGUUGUUUUAUAGGAGAUAUUGAUCUGGUUAAAUGGUGUAUUCAACAUUGCAUCAGUAAUGUAAACCAUUGUCGUUAUACUGAUAAGGUAUCACCUCUUUACAUAUCAUCUGCAUAUGGAUAUACUGAAGUAGUUCAGAUGUUGAUACACAAUAAGGCAGACAUUAAUAAGUGUAAUAAUGAAGAGUGUUCACCUCUGUACAUUGCUUGUCAGAACGGACAUACUGAAGUAGUUCAGAUGUUAAUAAACAAUAAGGCAGACAUUAAUAAGUGUAGAGAUACUGAAGUAUCACCUCUGUACAUUGCUUGUCAGGAAGGACAUACUGAAGUAGUUAAGAUGUUAAUAAACAAUAAGGCAGAUAUUAAUAAGUGUAGAGAUACUGGAGUAUCACCUCUGUACAUUGCUUGUCUGAAAGGACAUACUGAAGUAGUUCAGAUGUUAAUAAACAAUAAGGCAGACAUUAAUAAGUGUAGAGAUACUCUUGAAUCACCUCUGUACGUUGCUUGUCAGAAUGGACAUACUGAAGUAGUUCAGAUGUUAAUAAACAAUAAGGCAGACAUUAAUAAGUGUGAUGAUGAAGAAGUAUCACCUCUGUACGUUGCUUGUCAGAAUGGACAUACUGAAGUAGCUCAGAUGUUAAUAAACAAUAAGGCAGACAUUAAUAAGUGUAGAGAUACUGGAGUAUCACCUCUGUACAUUGCUUGUCAGGAAGGACAUACUCAAGUAGUUAAGAUGUUAAUAAACAAUAAGGCAGACAUUAAUAAGUGUAGAGAUACUGGAGUAUCACCUCUGUACAUUGCUUGUUAUCAAGGACAUACUGAAGUAGUUAAGAUGUUAAUAAAUAAUAAGGCAGACAUUAAUAAGUGUACAGAUACUGGUGAAUCACCUCUGCACGUUGCUUGUCAGAAUGGACAUACUGAAGUAGUUCAGAUGUUAAUAAACAAUAAGGCAGACAUUAAUAAGUGUGAUGAUGAAGAAGUAUCACCUCUGUACAUUGCUUGUUAUAAAGGACAUACUGAAGUAGCUCAGAUGUUAAUAAACAAUAAGGCAGACAUUAAUAAGUGUAGAGAUACUGGAGCAUCACCUCUGAACGUUGCUUGUCAGAAUGGACAUACUGAAGUAGUUAAGAUGUUAAUAAACAAUAAGGCAGACAUUAAUAAGUGUGAUAAUGAAGAGUGUUCACUUAUGUACAUUGCUGGUCAGAAUGGACAUACUGAAGUAGUUCAGAUGUUAAUAAACAGUAAGGCAGACAUUAAUAAGUGUAGAGAUACUGGAGCAUCACCUGUGUACAUUGCUUGUUAUAAAGGAUAUACAGAAGUAGUUCAGAUGUUAAUAAACAAUAAGGCAGACAUUAAUAAGUGUGAUAAUAAAGAGUAUUCACCUCUGUACAUUGCAUGUCAGAAUGGACAUACUGAAGUAGUUCAGAUGUUAAUAAACAAUAAGGCAGACAUUAAUAAGUGUAGAGAUACUGGAGUUUCACCUGUGUACAUUGCUUGUCAGAAUGGACAUACUGAAGUAGUUCAAAUGUUAAUAAACAAUAAGGCAGACAUUGAUAAAUGUAGUGUUGAAGAAGUAUCACCUCUGUACAUUGCUUGUCAGGAAGGACAUACUGAAGAAGUUCAGAUGUUAAUUAACAAUAAGGCAGACAUUAAUAAGUGUAGAGAUACUGGAGACUCACCUCUGUACAUUGCUUGUAAGGAAGGACAUACUGAAGUAGUUCAGAUGUUAAUAAACAAUAAGGCAGACAUUAAUAAGUUUAGAUAUACUGGAGAAACACCUCUGACCAUUGCUUGUUACCAAGGCCAUACUGAGGUAGUUCAGAUGUUAAUAAACAAUCAGGCAGACAUUAAUAAGUGUACAAAUACAGGAUUAUCUCCCAUAUUUAUAGCACGUUAUCGAGGUCAUGCCGAUGUUGUUGAAUUGUUAUUAAAACAAAGCAGAUUGUAACAUUAAAUUUCAGGAAUGACCCCAUUGUAUAUUGGUGGAAGAGAAAACCAUACACAUAUUGUCCAUCAUUAGAUAGAUGAAACAAAUAAACAAUAUAAUUAGUAUGCAUAACAGCGAUAGCAGUGAUUAAAGGACUGAAUGACCCCUAUCACUUCAAAUAUACUUGACGGUUUUUAUUUUACA